CGGAAACAACCUCAACCACACCACUCAACCUACAAGACACAUCACCAGGUCUUCACUUCCCCUCUUCAACUUUUGCUUCUUCCAUCAAAGAAUACUCGAUCCACCAUCGGUCAUCACAAUGCGCGAUGACAACGACCCGUUAAACGACUUCCUGAAGCCCUUCAGGAAGUUCAAGGAGCACGUCGACGACAACAUCGGCGCCGGCUUCCACACUAUCUUAGAUACUAUCCUCUACUUGACGCCAUAUCAGCUAUCCAGACGAGAUGCUCCGUCCUCACCAGCCCUGGGCACCGACAUCACUCGCGGCAAAAACUUGCCCGAUAUCCGCGCUUAUGGGAACAACAAGGCUUCUGACGAGCUGGAGCGCCACUUCGACGAGCUGCAAAAUUAUGGCACCAACUACUUCGAAGCAGCCCGCGCCUGGAGGCUGUUCCUUCUGCGCUCUAAUUACUCUCCGGUUCGCCUUUCUCUCGAGCUCGGCUGGAAACCUGUCCCAAAGGGCCUAACUUCGGAAAUGGAUCCCAGCCUAUUUGGCUGGGAGGACGCCUUUGAGGAUCUUCUGGCCGAAAGCUCGGCCAAGCCUAUGAGGAGUAUCGAAUCCCACUGGUUCACCAAACAAUAUCCCCUCUAUCCCAAGUACCUCGAGCAGAGCAAAACAGUGACCCCGGACAUGCUCCGAGCGCUUGAUUUGGACCAGAGGAUACGCUUCCGCAAGCUUGACGAGGCCUGGUUUCCCCUCUACUCUCGCUUGUUUGUCGACACCUCCGACCGUCGUUAUUGCUCGCCACGCAGUAUGGACGAGUGGAUCGAAUGGAGAAAAGCGGAGGCGAAGAAGGACGACUUCCACAGUAACAUCCUUUCUCAGCUCGUGUCAAGCCUCGGAGUCGACGCUUCUCGCUGGGCCGACAACAAAAACAGGAAUAGGGACGAAGCCGUUCUAGAGAUGCAAGGACGCAUCAUCAAUGAUGUCAGCAACACGCUUGGCGACGUCGUUGACAUGUCCAACGGCUUCUUUGACAACUUGACAUGGUUCAUCAACAAGUUCGACCGCGCGUUAACCGAAGAGACCGAACGGGAAUCGAACAAGGAUUUGCAAAAGACCACCAAGUCGAAUGACAAGAAGCAUCCUGACACUGAGCAGGAUUUGACUGAUGUCAUCUUGUCAGCUUUCAACGAGUCCAACCGCUCGCUGAGCACGCUCUUCAAGUCCUUUGCGGAUGAGCUCAAGGACACCAAGCGCUUCUUCGAUGACUGGAUCGAUUCUCAAGAUGUCGUGCCAAACAACUCGGACACUCUCACAAAGUCCCCCGAUACCGCUGCUGUCGCUACAAGGGAUAACAGCACCGUCACGACCACCACCACCACCGAGAAGGGCGGAGUGACCGAGACCAUCAAGAAGGAAGAGUAUACUGACGCAUCCGGUGCUGUGCAUGUCAAGCAGGAAAUCAUCAGGAAGGAUGCCGAGGGCAACGUCAUUAGCAGAUCGAGCAGCCACUCGGUGCAAAGUAAGCGCUCUUGGUCUUUUGGCAACAUCGAUGCUGAUGAAGACGACAAGUCGCUCCUCGCCAAGAAGGACCGUGACCAGGACGGAAACAUCAAGGAUGAUGAUGGCAAGGAUGGAAAGAAGGAGGGAUGGUUCUGGAAGUAAAAAUAUGAAGUGAUGAAUGAUAUGAGACCAUGUUACCUAUGUGUUCUUGGCCGAGAUGACAAGAAUGAGUUGAUGUUGUUAUGUCACCUUCUU